UCGUUCCAACUGAGUCAGAGCCCGAAAGGACACAAUCAUGGCAGAACGGUAUCUGCAUCUGCAACGCUCCAGGACCGGACCGAGCCAUCCCAUCGGCGUACAACACGUUCGCAGUCGAUGCAGCCCCUGGAGGAGAAGACACCACAGAAUUUGCUCUCAGUGCCGGAAUCAACCAACAGCCUGUCCCUCUGUUUGGCGCCGCCUACCCCAACGAUCGCUCAUCGUGCUGCAUCUGAUACCUUGUCCCCGACUUCACCAAGAGCCAAGGAUAGGAUACCUUCACUCGCCCCAUCUGCGCCCCCUUCUCCCCAAAGGUUGCCCUUGCAAAACCAGCCAACUGCCUUAGGAGGCCGUAAUGUUCGACUGAGCGGCAGUAGCAAGGCAUUAGCGGCGCCGUUUCAGGGAGGCAACAAUUAUUCGAUUCUCGGAUUCAGUUCCAGUCAUCCUCCUUCGAGCCCUGUGUAUUUCCCAUCCAGUCCUGCGCGGUCUGAUCCAGAUCAAUCUCAUUCGGCACAGGGGUCUGGAUCGUCCUGGUUCAUGAAGUAUCGACAUACAAGAGAGCGUAGCCGGUCAACUAUGGAGGGCUCUGCACGAUCAGGCCCUCCAUCGCCCAUGUUGGAUAUAGUAGCCGUGCCCCAGGAUCCCAUGACGUUCAAAGAAGCAGCGGAGAGGAUGGCAGCCUCGGCAGCCGAGAUUGCAGAACUUGAGAGACAGGAGCAGCACUUGCAUGAGUCCAAUUUUCAUCUACCACAGUAUACAUUAGAAGGUGGGCUGGCAUUUGAAACUGUGUGGAAACUGCGGGCGGUUCCAGCAUGGUUCCCGGCUUCGAGCUUGAAGACCGCGUGGGGUGCGUUGGUAUUGUUGGUCAUGGCGAUCUCGGCGACGAUCGUCUAUGAUUUUGUUCAGCUCGCCAUGGGAAACGACGUGCUGUCUUGAAGAUCCAAAUGGCUUUGGAGUGCUUACUGGUGUACAUUUCUUUUCGCCUGACAUACCACAUCAUACUCGUACCUUUUACCGUAGUAUUCCAAAAAUAAAAAUAAAGGAAGGCAUUCAGCAAU